GAAGAAAGAGCUUGAGAUAGAACUUGUGUUUAGAUAAAUAAUUUGAAUCGUUUGAUCUUGUGUUUAGAUAAAGAACUUGAGAUAGAAGAAAGAAGAAAGAACUUAACAUGGAACAUUUGGUGAAAUAAGAAGAAAUCCGUGAGUACGUGACACGGAUGCUCCCAAUACUUGUGUGUUGCAAGAGAGUCCAAUCCUGAAACAAACAACAACAUGAAUCAAUAACCAGAAGCAAGCACAAGAACGAGAAUCAAGAAACAGAACAACAAGAAUCGAGUGUUUCAGCGCUAGAACACAAAAAUAAAAAGAAAAAAACUCAUUAUUUUUACAAAAUCUGCAGACGCUGGAAGGAGAAACAAUCACAGUAGCUUACACUUUUCGUCGGUACUGAAGAUCAAGUUUACGUCUCGUUAUGACCUGCACGUUCACAUUCAUCAACCACUGUCCCCAUUAUCCUAAUUCCACAAACAUGAAGUCUAAAAAAAGAACCACUAACCGGUUUUGACCAUGGAUUAAGCUUCCAUAACGAGGUCCGGAUAAUCAAAAGUGACACAUUCAGUAAACAAUAUUCACACUAAAUUCUUGAAACGUAAAGCCUCAAGCUAGAAUCUAUCACCAAUAUCACAACUUGGAGUAACCUCAAGUACUUAAACCUCAGACUAACUCAUUUGCAUGCCAAACAUAACACUUAUUAUCCACUUGAUUCGUUACCUAAGAAAAAACUCAAUCACCAAUCAAUCAACUCCAAGAAUCUCAGAAUCCUCGGCCAGAAACAGAGUCAUGUGACUAGUGAGUUUAAACGGCGCCGUAAGCCACCGUCCAGGCGGCACAUUAAGCUGGCCACCGCCGCUUCCCCCAAGCUUCGAGAUCUCCACCACCGCUCUCUCAAACGCCUCAGUAUCAACCGUGAAUCCGUGACCCCAUCGCCGACACCUCCAAAGUCCUUCAAAUCGAACACCACCGGUCUCAAGCGAGGAAAACAGAGAGAAGAGAAGAUCUACGAGGGAAACAGAGAGAUCUACAAUCGAUGAAGAAGAAAGUCGAUCAAUUUCAGUGGAGAGAGAGAUGUGGAGAGAAGAAGGCAAACUCCUACCUGUGAGACACGUGUCUCUAAGAAACGUUUCUUUUUGUCGCUAAUUAAGAGACAUUUUUUCUAAUAACAGCUAUUUUUGAUUUAUUUUUAAUGACAAUUAACCUAAGAGACACUCCUAAGAUCUCCCGAUAAUGAUGGUCUUACUCCCGCACCGGAAUCUAUCCAGCCGCAUCUUUAUUAUUUAAUUAUAAAAUAAAGUCAAAUAUCUCCGUAUAUCUAAUAAUUUAUGUACAUGAUGGAAGUGAAAAGAACAUUUUAAAGUCUUCAUAUCAAAGAGAGAAGAAGAGGAAGACAAAAAGAAAUGAUGAAGACUAAGAGUAAAGCGUUGAUCAUCUUCUUCACUCUAGUUCUGCUUCUAAUCAUGGCGUCAAGGGUUAUUCCAAGAGAAGAUGGUUUUGCUCCUCCUAAACUAUCUCCCUCUUCCACUCAAGAGAAAGAAAGAAGUAGAAAAGGUGAUGGAGAUGGAGUAGAUCAGUGCAAGAGUUCGGACAGUGAAGAAGAAUGUCUUGUUAAGAAAACCGUAGCUGCUCACACCGAUUACAUCUAUACACAAGACUUAAAGUCAUCUCCUUGAAACAAGAACAAGCACUCUGUCUUUUAUAUAGUACAAGCUAUAAGCAUAAGCAAACUCUCCUUGACCAUUUGCUCAUGACUUCAUGUUCUUUGUUAUUUUAUUCUAAUCUUUGUUUGAUUUCUCUUUGUCAACUUAUAUUUAUCCUUCAAUACCAACUCUACUAGGAUAAGACCCGCGCCUUGCGCGGAAUUAAGUUAUUAUUUUUAUUAUAUUUUGGAGAAUGAAAUAAUAGUUUGGCUUCAUUUGGA